UCUGGAGUAAUUUGAAUUGAAAAGAAUGUACCAGAAAUUAAAUGUAAAUCAACUAGCAAUGGUGCGAAAAGGGGCUUGGGCAAUCUGAAGUUAUGUCCACUCUUUUAUUGGUUCAUGAGAUGAGAAGGUGUGUUAUUGGGUACUCGCAAACUGUCUGCUUUGUGAAAUUGAGUUGCUUUGUUUAUUUUUUUGGUGUUAGCACCCGGUUCACCUUUAGGGCUAAUCCGGAUUCGAGGCGAGUUUUGGAUGGAUAGGUUCCAGUCCCCUCCCAAUUGUUGUUGCGGGGGCUCGAACACGGGUUCUCCCUACCAAGUUCAGCCUCAAUCACCACUGAACCAACAAGCAAUUGGUAGUUGCUUUGUUUAUUAGCUCUAGUAGGAAGCAUUCAUUAUGGUGUCCAAGUCUUCAUUGUUCUUUACCAUUAUAUAGAUGCGCAAAAAUAGAAGCUCAAAAAUCUUGUUCUCCAAAUUCCAUCCAAUCAAUUCCACAUAUGAUCAAAUGGCAACCAUACAACGAUAGAAGAAGUGAAUCACCAUCUUAGGAUUUUGACGGCACUAGAAAUAGGCUCUAUUUGGCAAUUAGCUUUCUUGGUAGCUCCUUGAGUACUGAUUAGAUCAAAAUACUAGUUAAGAAAAACAAGCGUGUUUGGCAAGGUAAUGACUAGUGGUUUGAAUAGUGGUCAGAGUUUGGGGCUUAGGUUAAGGCCCUAUUCGGCAAAACUAGAGGUAGCGGGUAGCUGUUGGAGUAGCGGGUAACGGUUAGCUGUCAAAGUAGCGGGUAACUAGUAUGAGUGUUUGGUAAAAGUAGCGGUUGAGAUUGUAAAAUACAAUAAAAGUUAUAUAUAUUGUUUAAAACUUUAUUAUAUUUUUGUCAAACGCUACCCGCUACCUUCAAACGCUACUAUUUUUAACGUUUGACGAAAGCUACCCAACUGCUACCUCUACCGCCAACCGCUACCUCACCAAACACUUGCAAAUUUCACAAGUAGCUUUUUGAAUAGGUCAAAACGCUAUCCGCUAUCUUAAACGCUACUGCCGAACACGCCGAACACGCCGAACACGCCCUAACCUGUGUUUGCCAAAAGUUGGAAAAAUUAGUAUUCUAUCCAUGUAGCGGUGCAUCAAAUUUCCCAAAAAUUUAUCAAGCUCCUCUUCCAAAUGGUUCCAUCAAUCCCCCAAUCUCCUACAGUGGCUAACUGACAUCUUCAUAUCUCCAUAAUUUCUUAAAAACAUAAUUCCCAAUUUGAAUUGAUAUGCUCUUUGGGAAUCACGUUGUCCCUUAGAGGAAACUAUUGUAUUUUUCUUCCUGUUACUUAUUCCUUCCUCCUCUCUUCCAUUUCUAAGGUUAAAUAAUUUACAUGGAAUUGAAAUAUUAAUUUUUUUUUUUUGCUUUUUGGAUUAAUACGAAGUAUGUAUUUCCACUAGCUCUGAUUUCUUCCCAUCUUCUGUCUGGCAUAAAAUUCUUUCAUUUGUUUCUUUCAUUUGUCUGCUGGCCUGCAAUUCUGUUACCCGUGUCUCUACUCUCUAUUUUUGUGAUUUUAUUUAUUGCGUUACAACAGUUUGCUAACUGAAUGUGAGAAUUAGUGGAAUGACAUUUUGAAUAAGUUUAAUGUUGUUUUUGUAACUCGGUGGUGGAAGCGCUGAACUGUAGGCUUGUCUGCUUGUACAUGUUGGGGCGAAUCAACUGAGUAUAUUCACACUCAAAGUGGACUGUGUUUUAUAACUGAUUGUUAAUAAGCUAUGAAAUUUUAAAAUUAGCAAACUGUAGUGGUCUGGUUUUUCUUGGGGUAAUUUGAGAUUUAUGUGAUGCUCUUCAGAUGAUCAGGCUUAAUAAUUGGAAAUAGUAAUUCACUUUAUUGAUGACUUUGGUACUGCCAUUACCAAUAGGGCAAUAGGCAAUAGUAGUGCAAGGUUAAGCCAAAUACAGCUAUCGUGAGUGCCAGGUUUUCAGACUAUCAUGAAAAGUUGACUGGUACUAUGGUUGGCUGAUUAUAUGCACUAACUUACACUGAUACUAUGGCUAGCUGAUUGUAUGUACUAACUUACUCUGAUACUAUGACUAGCUGAUUGUAUGUACUAAAUUACACUGAUAUCAUGGCUGAUCGCACUUGGCUUCAUAUUUAUUCUCUGUGUUUCAUGGGUCUAGAUUUUGUAAGAGUGACUUAUCGUGUUCCCAUGUCAGCUUGAAGUAAAAGCUUGACAUGCUAUGUGUUGUAGGUAAUGGGUAAAAUAAAGAGCGAAAACACAUUCAUGCGAGCUUGCCUCAUAUAUGGCCCCUCUAGCUGCUCUUACCUGUCUUUCAUCUGAGGCUUUUUCCUCCCCCUUAAUUUAUCUUCAUGUUGCUAAGGAAUUCCCGAGUUACCAUUUGUUUGUCCACUGGAAGUUACUCUGGUUUCUUAUAACAAGCACAUUGAGUUUCGUUAACUGUCCUCGUUGUGACAGUGAACAUUGUACUCGUGAUCCCUGGUUCAAUAAUGAAAGGGUUAAGCGGUUAACACUUGACAAUGAACUAGCCUACUACCAACAAUGUGAGUUUUGUGGGAUCUUUGCAACCGUUGUUCCUUAAAUACUCAGUACAAAUCAUGAAAGCGAAGGGUACUUUCAGUAAAUUCUAUAGGGUCAAAUAUUUAAGAAAUUAAAAUCACAUACGUGUCUAAAUAAACUUUAUUAACUGCCAAAAUCUAAAUCUAAUCCAACAUGUGCUUAGUAUUUUUGCCUAUUAUGUGUUUUAUACAUGUAUAUAUUUAUUCAAGUUUACUGCACUAAGACCAUGCUUGGAGUGAGGACAAUGAUUCAUGUGGUACUACUGGGCUACUGGCUGUUUUUAUGGAAACUGGGAAGUAAACUGUCAUACAAAAUAUUUAGGGUGUGAAAUAGGUUACUCUCAAUUGGGCAUACAAGAUGAUCCCACCUCCCUUCCUCCUAGACUAGUAAGCUUCUUCUAAAUGUGCUUGUCCUUGUUCAUUAUUUUCCCCUAACCAAACAACAAAGAAAACACAUGUAAAAAUUAAUUGUGUAAUGUGUCUGAAAAACGUGAAAUUCAAUGUAGCGCAUGUAUGACACCCAUGCUGCUACUUUUUUUGUUUAUUUGUCAUGUGUUCGAGUUCUGGGGCAGGCAAAAAUAACUAGGGGAAUUCUCCUCUUUCCAUCUUCUUUUCUGACCUCUUCCCAGAUUUCUUCUCCUCCACUUUUCAAAUCCUCAUCAGUCAUUGACAGACCCAUGUCUUGCUCUACCCUCCCAGUUUCCUCUCUCUCUAUAGCCAACCAACUUCUCUCUAUCUAAUGUUUUAAUUUUUCUCUCUAACCAACCAAAUUUCUCUCUUGUGUUAGUUUUGUCUCUCUAAAAAAACAAAAGGAAGAAAAAAAAAAGAGCGAGUUUUUGAGGAGCUAUUCAGCUUAUACACCUGACAUUUCUUUGACAGUCAACUCAGAAGUUUCGAGGACCCAAUUUUGAUAAACAACAAAGAGAUUUAAACAAGGAUGAACCCGUAUCUCAUGUGCCUUCAAAUACACGGAUUACAAAUUCGACAAGAGCUCCAAUUUUAUUUCAUAAGAAGUUGGGACAACUGGUCUGCAUCAAGUGCAGUACUGACGAUUACAGGGCAAAGUUGUUCAUCAUCCAAAAAUGCAUAUUUACAGGGCAACCUACAAGCUGCAGGCCCGUCGGGCGGGCGUUGGCCCGGCGGGCGAGAGGAGAAAAAUCGGGACAAAACACGGGACUCCCUCUUCUCCCUUUCACUUUUCCUCUCAAUCAUUUCCUUCAUUCUCUCUCACCCACCAUUAAACCUCAAACCCGAAGAUCUUCAAAGCUCCAUAUCUCCCUCAUCUCUCACCCAAAUUCAUCAAUCCACAUCCCAAAUUCAUCCUCAUAACAUCCUCUUCAACCUCCACCAAACAAUUUUCACCCUUACUCACUCCCCACAAAAAAUCCAAUUUCCACCAAAAAUCUCAAGUACUCAAAAAUCUUCAACCAUGGGUUAUAGGCCAAAGAGGACUUGCACGGGAGCGUCUAGGAGGCAAGAGGAGGCUUCCACAAGCCGUGCACCACCACCACCUCAGUUUGCACCCGACCCGGCUUUCCCGGACAUGGUUCUUGUUAGUGAGGAGCAAAAAACUCGCAUUGCACACCUCAAGCUUCGAAAGGACUACUUGGUGAGAAAUUGGUCUUUUUGGACCUGUUUCAUGACAAUUUGGGCCACUACGCGAUCCCGAGGGAGUUCGGGACGACUAUUGUCGACUUGCGGGAGCCUUAGAUGCUCAUGGUUGAGCCCCGGAAGUUAGACUCGGUGUUGCGGACGUAGGGCGGUUCAUUUAGCUUUCCGCCCGGAUGAUCUCCUCUCGCCCACCGGGCGAGCAAGCAGAAGAUGCUGCCGCAGUCAGCAGGCGCCCGACGGGCGGAGUAUUGCCCGGUGGUCACCGGGAGCCCAUCAAAGUAAAGGCUGCAAGUUUCUCUCCUCGCCCGACGGGGGGGAGCUGCCCGACCGGGCGCGUGCCGAUGAUUUCUCAAGUGUCUCUCUCCGCCCGGCGGGCAGGCCUGCGCCCGACGGGCGGGAUUCGAGCUGGUCGCCCGGCGGGCGGACGUCUGCCCAACCGGGCGACGUUUGUUUUCCGGUUUUCCUUUAUUAUUUUGGGCAAACUAUAAAUACUAUGCUUCUUUAUUUUAGUUGCCACCUUUUAUUCUAGUAUUCAACGCUUAGUUUAUUUUCCUUAAGCUUAGUUUUCUCUCUAAAUUCAUGCAAAACACUUAGUUUAAUUUUCAAUGAAAAUUCAAGCUUUUAAUUUCCA